UCGAGAUUUAAAUCUCGAGAUUCGGAUUUCGAGGUAUUGCUUUAGAAUUUUGUUUAAAAUCCACCUUCUCUCGAUAUUCAACAUCGAGAACCUCAACUUCGAAGAAAUUCCUCAAAAACUCAAAAUUAGAGAUUUUCUGCGUCAACGCACUCUUUUGGCCAUAACUUUUGACUCGGUGAUCCGAUUUGAGCAAAAAUUUUUUUGUUGGAAAGCUAAUGAAAAUAUCUACAUUAAUUCGCAGUCUAUGCCCCAUAACCCUUUCUCACGCGCCCUCACUCGCAGUCUUUGAGGGUCAAAACGUUAGUUUUCCGACAAACAUUGUAAAUCACCGAUGUCCAGGUCAAAACUUAGGCAAAUCUGUUCAAAUUCUUUCAAUGUCAACCCUGAGGUCAAAGCUUUUCUAAACUUCACUGUAGAGGUCCGAAAAUCGUAGAUAAUUCAAUCAUCCUCGCGUCAACGGUCAUCUUACAACAAUCAACAAUCAACUGCUGAAGCCUCCCCUGACUCGUCAACAUUAUGUGAUCAUCAAUAUGUUGAAAUUCUACAUGAUGAGCUUAGGGAAACCGUCAUGUGUGGUACAUGUUCAGAUUGCUCCACACACAUGGCGGGUAUGACAAGCUGUGAGCAAUCAAACCUUGCACAUUCUGAGGGGGAGUUUCAGUUUUCUCCUCCUGGCGCCUUACACCGACAAAGCAAGGAAUCUCUCAAAGGAUGCAACAUUUUAGGGGGAGUGUUCAAUGUUAUCCUUCCCGAUGCCUAAAAAUGACAAAGCAUACCGAGUGCUCCAGUUGAGGGGGAGUACAGAGAGAAAAUGAAGAAAGUAAUAAGAGAACAUGUCCCUAUGGCUUAGUAAACCCAACUAAGCCUACCCAGGGGACAAAGCCGAGCGUAAGUGAGUGAGUGAGCGAGUGAGUGAGUCAACAUUAUGAGCGUUAGGAAGCAGAAGGCUCAAGUGAGAAGAAAAACAAUAAUCAAUGAUGAGUCUGCUACCUCAACUGCCUAUUAUCCAUUGAACAUUUACUCCUAGCCACUCAAAUACUCAAGACAAUUCCCAAAUUGGUUCAGGACUGAUUUAAUCAGAUCCCGGGUAGAAGUCACUGCAUCUUGUCCAACAGUGCAUGUUGAACCCUAUCCAAGACCACUCACUUGUCUCCCAACAGACAGGUGUUUAAUCAUAUUUCACGGGGAACCGCAUCUCUCAUUACUACCUCCUUACGAGGCAAGCAAUACUGACUACAGUGGCCUCAGCCCCAUGCCACUGAACUUUCAUUGAUCACGUCGUGUCUAGUUACCUCACUCCCAAAUGUUUUGAAAUUUCUAGGACACAGACGCACUUUUUGAGUCAGUUGCAGGUCUUCAAAGUCCCGCGAGAACUUCCAUAGGUCUCAUCUAUUGCAGAUGUAGACUAAUGAUUGGAAGGAAGUCCUGCUGUUGCAACAUGAGAAUCACCAACAUUUUCAGGCCAUUGCUUUAGAUUUUAUCUCUAUAGUGAUGAAAACGGGUGUCUACACGACCCCGGGGGGAUUUUAUCAUUUACUCUUUCUGUUUUCUUCUUGUUUUAUUUCCGCAGAAUAAAAGAAUAAAAGCACGAUGUCCCGAUUCAUCGGAUCGUCAUGAGGGCGAGAGUGGUCCACAUGUUGUUAACACUGAACAAAUCAUUCUGGGACACUUCACUCCUCCAUCACAAAAAUCAACACCUUCUCUGCUAUCUCUACAACUCAAAUCAAAUGGUCAGCUACACUCACAAAUCAACAAUCAUUAUGUUCCGUUGUGCCACCGACAAGUUCUCCUCAAAUGCAUUCAUUCCAAAUAGUCAAAAAGACUACAUUGUGGAGGAGACAGAGGUCAAAUACUCGUGUCCUGAAGAUGAAUUCCAUGGGCGUCUCCUAUUCUCCAAAGAAUAUUCAUUCUAGAGGCGUCACCGGACUUCAUCCAAGCUGAUCAAGAGCAACUUCAGGAAGGAAAGGAGUACAUGCAAGAUACAAAAGGUCCCUCAACCCCCAGCAUCAAAGAUCAAAUUGUCAAGAAGACAUCAAAGGGGAGAUUGCAAGGAUUUCUUCAGAUAGCCUUUCUCAAAAGUCAAGUUCAAAGACAAAGGAAGCUGAAUAACAACAAAGACAAAGAUAUCUGCGCUGCAAUGUUGAUUCAACACGAUUGAACACCAAGGGGGAGAUUGUUAGGAAUGUUUUAUGGUGUCCAAUCUAAUUAAAUAUCUUUGUAUUUGUGUAGUUAUUAAUUAAAUGUGUAAUACGGGCCACAAAUGUGUAUCAGCCCGGGGGCUUCCUUGUAACCCGUAAGUUAGCUAACUUCUCCUAUAAAAGGAGGCUAACUUACGGGAACCCUAACUAAUCAUAUAGAGGCUUAGAGACGUAGAGGCG